AAAUUUCAUCAUACUAGAAUUUUCUUUAAAUAAUCGCGAUAAUGACCACAUCAGAGAACUCUAAUGAACCUAUUAAGGUGGCAGAGGAAAGUGGAAUAUGCGGUGAUGGUAUGAAAGAAUACUUGGAACCCCGAUUUGAGUGUCCUAUUUGUUUAACUUGGCUACGUGAUCCAGUUUUAACAUCUUGUGGUCAUAAAUUUUGUUCACGGUGCAUUUACACUUGGUUACAAAGAGAAGGUGCAUGCUGUCCGAUAGACAGUCAACCUUUAAAAUCUGAAAGCGAUCUUUUCAGAGAUCUUUAUACAAGUAGAGAGAUAUCUCAACAGCGCACUACAUGUGCAUAUCGUCAAUUUGGUUGUUUGGCUGAAUUGUCACCAGUUGAUAUGGAGAUGCAUAUCAAUGAAUGUACAUACAAAAACCUUUCUACAUCGGAAGGGAUUCCAUGUUCCUUUAAAGACGUUGGUUGCAUGGAAUUAUUUUGUUCAAAAGAAUCUUUGCGCAUUCAUUUGGAAAAAAAUGUCAAUUCACAUUUAACCAUGAUACUAAAUUCGCUUCAACGCUUAUCAAUGACUCAAGGCCACGUUAGUGCUUUAUCUGCAGAAUCUAAGUUAUGGGAUCCACCACCCAAAAAUGGAACAUCGGUAUCAGAUAAAGAACCACCGCCGGAUUGGCAACAAUUAUUAAAGAGUUUGUACGAAAGGAUAGUAGUACUGGAACAACAAAAUCGAGAACUUUCUAUUACUGUCUCCAAUCAAAAAAAUCAACUUACAGCCUUACAAACUUCAAUGCGCUUUACCAAAGAGGAAAUGCUAUUACAUAAUUGCAAUGGUGUUUAUAUCUGGAAAUUAAAUUCCUUUCAAGAAAAACUUAACUCCAUGAUAGAUGAUCCUUUAAAGAUGUAUUAUAGUUCUGGAUUUUACACCGGACCUAACGGCUACAAAAUGUGUGCCAGAAUAAACAUAUCUUCCAAGGAUCCAGAAUUUUUGUCAUUACUUUUACAUAUCAUGAAAUCGGAAAAUGACGAUGCAUUGGAUUGGCCCUUCAAUGGCGUCAUGUAUUUCGUAUUGAUACAUCCACAUAAUUCAGAAAAAGAUAUUAGAGAGAAAACUUGUUCAAGACCGGAUCUUGAAGCUUUUAGAAAACCUAUUUGUGAAUUAAAUAAACGUAGUUUCGGUUACGUUGAAUUUGUACGUACGCAGGAUUUACCUGAUUUUUUACGAAGAGACACUUUAACUUUUCGUAUCGAAGUACGAGCCUACGAUAAAUUUCAAUUACCAUUACUCUGAAACCAAUUGUUUUACUUAUU